UAAACGCUAAAAAGUUUCUCCUCUAUAUGGCUACAAGUGAUGGAUUGAACUUACUGUGUUUCAGGACCUCUCAGAUAUGGUUGAGGAAGCUACUGGGAACCAACUGAGUCCACUUUUUUUUUUGACGGACUUUGAGCAGGCUGCAAUGAACGCGAUCCAGAAGGUCUUGCCAGACACAAAGCGCCACGGGUGCUUGUUUCACUUAGGACAAGCCAUCUACAAACACGUACAAGAAUACAAGCUGCAACCUCGGUAUAACCGCGACAAGAGCUUCGCGACGUCCGUGCGGAUGUUGACGGCACUGGCUUUUUUGCCAUACGAGAGGAUCAGAGAGGCCUACCUCGAAAUCAGCGCAACGUUCCCACCAGAGGCUGCUGAGCUGCUCCGAUGGUUCGAGGACUACUAUGUCCUUGGGAAAACCAAGGAAAGGCUGGGCAUCCGGCUGAGAAGCCCACCCCUGUUCAGCCCCGAUUUGUGGUCGGUGGAAGAGCUGGUGCGAAACAAGCUGCCCCGUGGUACCAACGGUGCAGAGGCAUGGCACCGGAGGCUUGGUGUGCUGAUGCGCAUUGCACACCCUCCCCUCUACCAGUUCCUGUCGGUGCUCAGGGGUGAGCAGCAGGAGACAAAAGCCCUCAUGGAACUGGUGCGAGGGGGGGGCAAGCUGCCAGCAGCCCGCCAAGCCACAGUCGAACGCGAAAAAAAAAUCAGGGCAGUGUUUGAGCGACGAGGAGAGCUCCCAGUGCGCGAGUACCUAGAGGUCAUGAGUAAUGCUCUCCUCUAAGCCACACAGGCAUAUGGUUCAGAAAAGAAAGGGCCGAUGGCUUAUUUAUUUAUUUUUUUACAUUUUUUUUAGCAAAAUGCUUUUUACUCCUUUGUUCCUUCUAUGUUGCUGUAAUUUAUCAUAGGGCACUGGUUUUCACA